UGGAGCCACCUUACAUCACGGCAGCGUGUUUAUGAAAUGGACCGUAUCGGCAGGGCGUGUAGUGAGCAGCCACCAACCGACUGUCAUCAGACGUAUCCCGGGUCUUUUCGUAGCUUUCUUCCACAAUCAUGAGCGCAUCUUUAUCCUGGCUGUCAGCGCUGGCAGCUGGUCUCCUGGCCGCCCGUGUUGUGCAGAAACUUUGGUUCCCGUACUUCUGGCGGGAUCUCUUCUUUCUGAUGAAGGUGAUCAGGUACGGUGUGAAGCUGGAGCUCUUCAAAUUGACAGCCAGUGUGCAUACGGUGUUGGACCGGUUCAUCGAGCAGGCGCAGCGCAUCCCCAACAAGCCGUUUGUUAUUUAUGAUGGGACAGUUUACACAUACAGGGACAUGGAGCUGCGCAGCAACAGGCUGGCCAACGUUUUUCUCCACAACGUUCACUUGAAGAAGGGAGACUGUGUUGCCUUGCUCAUGAGUAACGAACCCGAUUUUCUCAGCGCAUGGUUCGGAUUGGCAAAGGUUGGCUGCUCGGUUGCAUUUCUCAACUUUAACAUCAAAUCCAAGUCCCUGCUGCAUUGCUUUGAUUGCUGUGGGGCUAAAACUCUUAUUAUCGGAUCAGAUUUAUUGGAGUGUCUAGAUGGCAUCCUACCCAGCCUUCUGAAGAGCAGCAUUCAAGUGUGGACUAUGAAGAGCCAUUGUGAGCAUCCACAAGUGCACACUCUACAAGACAAGAUUGAUGCAGCAUCCCAUCAGCCUGUUCCAGCUGUACUGCGAGCUACUAACUCCUUAAAAAAACCAAACCUUUAUAUCUUCACCUCUGGAACAACUGGUCUACCAAAGGCUGCAGUUAUCACUCACCUUCAGAGUCUGAAGGCAGCAGGAGGGUUCUGGGCUUUUGGAGCAACUGAAGCCGAUGUGAUUUACAUUCCUCUGCCACUCUACCACAGUGCAGCAUCCCUCAUUGGUAUUGGAGGAACCAUAGAGCUUGGAGCUACCUGUGUCCUGAAGAAGAAAUUCUCUGCCUCCCAGUUCUGGACCGACUGCAAAAAAUAUGAAGUUACCAUAUUCCAGUAUAUUGGUGAACUCUGCAGGUACCUCUGCAACCAGCCAAAGACAGAAUUUGAUCAAGAUCACAAGGUUCGAAUGGGAGUUGGAAAUGGGCUGCGUCAAGAUGUCUGGCGGGAGUUCCUUAGUCGUUUUGGGAACAUAAAGAUGUGUGAAGUGUACGGCUCCACCGAGGGAAAUUUGUGUUUUAUGAACCACAUUGGGAGGAUUGGAGUUGUGGGUCGCUCCAACUUCUUCUACAGGCUCCUGUUCAAGUAUGAUCUUGUUAAGUAUGACAUGACUAAAGAGGAAACAGUGAAAGAUCUGCAUGGUUUCUGUCAGCGAGUGAAAAAGGGAGAGACAGGUCUUUUGCUGGCCAAGGUCAGCACCCUUAGCCCCUUCUUCGGCUAUGCUGGAAGCAAGCAGCUGACUGAGAAGAAGCUGAUGAAGAACGUGUUUGUGAAGGGGGACACUUAUUUUAAUACAGGUGACCUUAUGGCCGAAGAUAAGGAUGGCUUUAUCUGUUUCAAAGACAGAGUGGGAGACACCUUCAGGUGGAAGGGUGAAAAUGUUGCAACUACAGAGGUGACAGAAAUUCUUGGACUGGUGGAUUUUAUUCAAGAAGUCAAUGUGUAUGGAGUAGAAGUACCAGGACAUGAGGGCAGAGCAGGAAUGGCUGCCUUGAUCUUAAGACCAGGACUCAGAUUUGAUGGGAAGAAACUAUUUGAACACGCCAAUAGGGAUCUUCCAACGUAUGCCUGUCCACUGUUUGUAAGGCUUCAGGAGGUGAUGGAAAUGACAAGCACCUUCAAACAACAGAAGUUCCAACUUGUGCAUAGUGGCUUCAACCCAUCAACUAUCUCUGACCCGCUCUAUGUGUUGGACUACCAACAGAAGAGCUACAUUCCUCUAACACAGCUGAUAUACAACAGCAUCAUCUGUGGAGAACGCAAGCUGUAGAAGCCAUAUGUAAUCCCUACAGAAACUUAAUUGAGUGUCCACAGCAGAUGAAAACAAGCCAUGUGUUUCUGUUCGUUAUUUUAUGUCUGGAUCACUGACAGAGAUUGCAGACAGGAGAACAUGAGGAGCUGUAUACUUGUGGACAGUUAUGUCUAAUGAAUUACUCUGACAAAAAAAAUCUGAAUUUGAAUGUAUCACUGUGAAGACCUGUGAAAUUAUAGAAUUUUGAAUUUAAGCCUUAAAAUUCACAAAGUAUGUUUAUAGCCGGAAGAGGUUUAAUUGUUUAUUUAAAGAGAUGUAACAAAACAAUCACAAAGCAUCUUUUCAUAAAGACAUUUUCAGGGUUUUCAUGAGUUUGUGGGUUCAGGUUGUGGUUAAAGUUACACAAGAUUGAGGAUUUUGAAGAAGGCUGUGUAAAGAUGUUGCUGUGUUGGAAGCUACAUCUCAGCAUCUAAUGCAGUGUCAGACCUCUUGGAAGCAAACUGGAGAAGGGGUCUGUCCGACGGUGAAGGAAACCUGCUGUUACCUUCACUGUUGAGAAGAAAAUGGAAGAUACCGGCAGAGGGAGCAGAAUUCAAAGUUUAGACUUGCUCCUCGACUGCUCUUUAACAUCCAUCACCUCUGCAAUGGAGUGAAGAAUUUCUGCUAAAACCCUCUUCAGUCUUCCAAGCCUCAGUGUGAUUGGCUCUGAGGGAUCUGAGCACAAACACAUUUUAGAUUUUAGGUGGCCUUCUUAAGUGUGCCCACAAAAAUAUGAUCCCACUGCUUUGUAUAUGCGAGGGACUUUAAAAAUGUGUUCCUGUACUAAUCUCUGAGUUGUUCUAGGAUAUGACAAUCCACAAAACAAAUCCUUGUUUAAAAGCUGUUUCCCAUAUUUACUCCACAAUUAAUUAAUUUAUUAAGUUUUAUCAGUUUAAACUCACUUCCAGAAGAAAUGGUCUCAUUUGGAAGGAAUUUAGUCCACAUGCGGACCAGUAAUGAGUGCAUAAAUUAUUUGAUUUGCAAGUAGCUGCCUGUUGUAGUAUGGUACCAGAAGGCAGAAUAGUUGGCCUUAUGAGCUGAGUAUUGUGUUAGAGACAGGCUGCAGGGCACAUUCAGGCUUAAAAGACACAUAGAAAGCUUCACAGACCUAUUAGGCAGCAUUACCCAUGAUGAUAAGUGAUAAUACAUCUGAAGCUUUCAAGGAUCCAAUGGUUCCAACAACAGGAACUCUGUAUGCUAGGAAAUAGCAUGAGAUGAAUCCUGAUGUUCGGUCAGCCUGCCUAAUACAUCUUUAACAGAUAACUGGAUGCUCCAGAACUGCCUGUAACACCUUUUCUUCUCUCCUAGUAUCAGCUUCUUAAAGAGCUGAUCAUAUACAUCUAUGAUCUGCAUCCAUACCAAAGGCAGUCCAAAUCAGACCAUUCCUCAAAAGUGUGUAUCUCUGUGCUAACCUUUUCUUCGUAAUGAACUAUGACAUCGUUCUGUUUUUCUGUCUUGUGUCCCUGGCAAUAUGUUCAUUAAAUUUUUAAUUAAAUUUUA